ACUGGCAUACUGUUCCUGGACUUCCAACCGCAACUCCUCUCCACUUCUUUCUCCUGAAAAAACCAGAUCCCCCAUCUCUUCCAUAGACAUGGCUUGUUGCUACCCUCCAUCUUGUGCCAUCCCAUCCUGUGCCUCCUCCCCGAUGCUUGGACUCGGGCCAUGCGGGGUCGGAUCGGGCAUGCUUGGCUACGGCGGCGGCAUGCCUGUGUCCUCAAGCAGUCUCGGCAUAACCUCCGGGGCCAACGUCGCCUGCGUCAACCAGAUCCCUCCAUCGGAAGUGGUGAUCCAGCCACCCCCCUAUGUGGUGACCAUCCCAGGUCCCAUCCUCGCUGCCAGCUGUGAACCUGUGGCUGUGGGAGGCUACACACCAUGUGCUUCGGGAUCGGGUUCCGGUGGCCUCCGCGGGAUCUGUCGGCCGAGGCGUAGAUACAGCACCUGCGGCUAUCCCUGCUAAGCCCAGAUCGAUCAGCGACGCCAACAGAAAUGAUUAGGAAAUCGAUAACCCCCCCACCCCCCGGCACAGAUUCCGUGGCUGAGCUUUCGGGCCCAGAUUUUCAGGGAAUACUGAGUGCCUGUAACUGCAGUACCUGCUUAGUACCGCUGAAAAAAAAAUCAGAAUCUUUUUUUUCUACUGUUUAGUUACUUCUGAGAUGUAGGUUUGCUUUACCAAUGGCUGUGCAGAGACAUUCAAACACCUUGGGGCUGAACUGUCAUGCGUGAGGUCGUUCGGGCAAAGAGAAAAGUUACUGCUUGGCGUUUGCCCAACUUCUGCUGGAUUGGGUUCCAACUAGGGAGCUUUGAUUGUGUAUUCCUGUUUUGUUAUUUCCGAAUAAAGCUUACGCUGCAUCA